GAUGUUCAUGCAUUUGGAGGUCUGUUACUGUAUCUUCAUUUUGAUGUCUCACAUGACAACGUCUUGCUGCAGCUGGUGAGCUUCAACUAUUUUGGAUUCUUUGUGAUUGCCUCAUUGAUUUAAUACAACGUAUGUGAUAGGAAGGUCGUUAAUGAAAUAUUGGUACAUAGGCCUAUUGGAAUAGAUAAAUAAUUCCAUGAUGUAUAUGGUGCAAUGUUUUUCUAUUUACUGAUCCAAUUAAAAAGUGAGUUUCUGUUUAGUUUUUUUUACCUUCCAAAAUUGUUUACCAAAACGACAGCAUUUGGUGUAGGACUGGGAAACAGUUAGGCUUCUUGAUUUUCCUUUAUGAGAAUGUAGGAAUGGACAAUUAUGAAAUUAUUGUAACUUGAUAUUUUCCUGUAAUUCUUGUAUAUUACAUAUUUAUUACUUAUGAAUAUACUUUCAUCCCACUCUAUUUUUUUAAAAGUUUUUGUGUAUGAGAGCAUGGAUGAGUAACAAUGCAUUUUGGCAAUAUUAAUUCAAACUUAUGUAUCUUUAACGUAUCUUUAUUUGAGGUAUUUUGAAUAUAACAUCUCCAAGAAAUGUCACUUUACCGCCAUGGUUAUUGACCAGCAGGAGGGGGUUUCAUUCAUUUGGGAGACAAUGAUUUAGAUUGAUGAUUGUUUAGUACCAUGUUAUUACAUUUUAUUAAAGAUAGCUAUCUAAUGAGGGAGCAAAGAAAUUCCUGUCCUUACUGAAGGACACUUAAUUUCUGAGAGUAUGCUAAUAAAUGCUUCAGUACUAUGUUAUUAAAUGUUAUUAAAGAUAACUAAUGAGAGAUGUUAAGUGAAGGCGCUGUGGAAUUCCUGCCUUUGCUGAAAGACAACUCUUAAUUCCCAGAGUUAAUAAGCUGUCUCCUCUUCCAGGUCAGUGAAUAAUUUCCUGAUGACUGGACCUAAGGUAAGCCAACAUUCUUUUAAUCUUCUGGCCAGAUCCCUCUUUCCUUUCCCUUCUUCCCCAUCCCCAAAAAAAGAGAGCAAAGACCCCCCCGUAAGGAUCUCUUAUUGCUGUCUGCAUAUGUUACUCUCUUUCUCCCUCUGUUUCUAAAUAGACUGCAUUUCUCCACAUUGAGAUGGUCAUGGUUACUUAUAAAUAUAAAUAUGUCCUUUCAUCAUUGAUUUGUUGUAACAACAGCAAGGGUAGGCCUUAGCAGUGUUAUGGUGGCCUUUUAGGUUCCUAUCUACGGCUCUUGACGCUAUUAAGGCUGAGAAGCUUUGAAUGUCCAUGGGUUGAGAUAGUAUAGGCAUGGAGAGUUAUUUGUUCAGUGUGUAUAGAGGCAACCUGGUCUCAGAACAAUUCUUAUUAUUCUGUACGUAAAUCCGAGAUGCUCAUUUAGUAUGAGAUGUUAUGUUUUGUAUGGUAUGUGUUCAUUUGUAUACAAUCUGUAUACAAUUCAUAUUAUAUAUGUUACGAAUUUGCAAAACCUAUGAUAUGUUACAAGUUCAAGCUAGGUGGCUACGUGGCUAACAUUAGCAAGCCGGCUAACGUUAGCUAGGCUAGGGGUUAGGGUUAGGGUUAAGGUUAGGGUUAAGUUUAGGAGUUAGGUUAAAGGGUUAGGGUUAGGGGAAGCGUUAGCUAAAACGGUUAAGGUUAGGGUUAGGGUUAGGGGAAGGGUUAGCUAACAUGCUAAGUAGUUGCAAUGUAGCUAAAAACUAGUAAGUAGUUGAAAAGUUGUUAAUUACCUAAAAUACUAAAGUUGUCCGUGAUGACAUUCGCAACCUUUGGGUUGCUAGAUGUUCGCAUUAUACGCCCGACCAACCUUUCGUUUUUUCCUUAAGUAACCAUCUGUCUCCCGAGUGGCGCAGUGGUCUAAGGCACUGCAUCACAGUGCUAGCUGUGCCACUAGAGAUCCUGGUCCGAAUCCAGGCUCUGUCGUAGCCGGCCGUGACCGGGAGACCCAUGGGGCGGCGCACAAUUGGCCCAGGGUAGGGGAGGGAAUGGCCGGCAGGGAUUUAGCUCAGUUGGUAGACCAUGGCGUUUGCAACGCCAGGGUUGUGGGUUCGAUUCCCAUGGGGGGCCAGUAUAACAUUUUUUAAAAAUGAUGUAUGCACUCACUAACUGUAAGUCGCUCUGGAUAAGAGCGUCUGCUAAAUGACUAAAAUGUAAAUGUAAUAUGUCUUAUGUAACCAAACCAAACGUAACAUAUCAUACUAAUUUGAGUGUCCCAGAUUUACAUGUACUAUUUUUUUUUUUUGUCAUUUAGCAGACGCUCUUAUCCAGAGUGACUUACAGUUAGUGAGUGCGUACAUUAUAUAUAUAUAUUUUUUCAAACUGGCCCCCCGUGGGAAUCGAACCCACAACCCUGGCGUUGCAAACGCCAUUCUCUACCAACUGAGCUACUAUGUUACGUCUAGUCUAUGAGACCAGGCUGGAUCUAUCAACCCAGGGACCUCUGGAUCUAGACCAGGGACAGUAGAGGUCCCUGGGUUGAUAGAUCUAGACUAGAGGCAGUAGAGGUCCCUGGGUUGACAGAUAUAGACUAGACUAGAGCCAGUAGAGGUUCCUGGGUUGAUAUAUAUAGACUAGAGGCAGUAGAGGUUCCUGGGUUGACAGAUCUAGUCUAGAGGUAGUAGAGGUCCCUGAGUUGACAGAUAUAGACUAGACUAGAGACAGUAGAGGUCCCUGGGUUGAUAGAUCUAGACUAGACUAGAGGCAGUAGAGGUCCCUGGGUUGACAGAUAUAGACUAGACUAGAGACAGUAGAGGUCCCUGGGUUGACAGAUAUAGACUAGACUAGAGACAGUAGAGGUUCCUGGGUUGACAGAUAUAGACUAGAGGUAGUAGAGGUCCCUGAGUUGACAGAUAUAGACUAGACUAGAGACAGUAGAGGUCCCUGGGUUGAUAGAUCUAGACUAGAGGCAGUAGAGGUCCCUGGGUUGAUAGAUCUAGACUAGAGGUAGUAGAGGUCCCUGGGUUGAUAGAUCUAGACUAGACUAGAGAAAGUAGAGGUCCCUGGGUUGAUAGAUCUAGACUAGACUAGAGGCAGUAGAGGUCCCUGGGUUGACAGAUCUAGACUAGAGGAAGUAGAGGUCCCUGGGUUGAUAGAUCUAGACUAGACUAGAGGCAGUAGAGGUCCCUGGGUUGACAGAUCUAGACUAGAGGAAGUAGAGGUCCCUGGGUUGAUAGAUCCAGACUAGACUAGAGACAUUAGAGGUCCCUGGGUUGAUAGAUAUAGACUAGAGGCAGUAGAGGUCCCUGGGUUGACAGAUCUAGACUAGACUAGAGACAGUAGAGGUCCCUGGGUUGAUAUAUAUAGACUAGAGGCAGUAGAGGUUCCUGGGUUGACAGAUCUAGUCUAGAGGUAGGAGAGGUCCCUGAGUUGACAGAUAUAGACUAGACUAGAGACAGUAGAGGUCCCUGGGUUGAUAGAUCUAGACUAGAGGCAGUAGAGGUCCCUGGGUUGAUAGAUCUAGACUAGAGGCAGUAGAGGUCCCUAGGUUGAUAGAUCUAUACUAGACUAGAGGCAGUAGAGGUCCCUGGGUUGAUAUAUAUAGACUAGAGACAGUAGAGGUCCCUGGGUUGACAGAUCUAGUCUAGAGGUAGUAGAGGUCCCUGGGUUGACAGAUUUAGACUAGAGGUAGUAGAGGUCCCUGGGUUGACAGUUAUAGACUAGACUAGAGUCAGUAGAGGUCCCUGGGUUGAUAGAUCUACACUAGACUAGAGGCAGGAGAGGUCCCUGGGUUGAUAGAUCUAGACUAGAGGCAAUAGAGGUCCCUGGGUUGACAGAUCUAGACUAGAGACAGUAGAGGUCCUUGGGUUGACAGAUAUAGACUAGAGGCAAUAGAGGUCCCUGGGUUGACAGAUAUAGACUAGAGGCAAUAGAGGUCCCUGGGUUGACAGAUAUAGACUAGAGGCAGUAGAGGUCCCUGGGUAGAUAUAUCUAGAUUAGACUAGAGGGGGAGAGGCAUUAGAUAUAUCUGUGUGUUGUGUGUGAAUAAACUAGAGGCAGUAGUGGCAGGAAAGGCAGUGUUGGCCUGUGCAGUACUGUGGUGUGGUGGGUGGUCAUCAUUAGCCCACCAGACCCCAGUGAGAAGCAGAGAGGUGGUGGCUCAGUCUCUCCACAUGCCACUUGAGACACAUCAUUCACACAGUCUCAACAAGGACCAGAGAGCCGGGCGAACAAGCCAAGUGGACAUAGUGAACUUGUAAAGAAUAGGGCUUGGGAUUCCAACUCACUCAGGGGUCGUGAAACAGGUUUAAAAAGUUGAAUUAAUAUUGUAUUAAGACUUUUCCCACCGUCUAUUUCUUUUGCUAACCGAAGCUAAUGUUUUAUUAAUAUUGUUAAAAAAAAAUCAGUUAUACACUAGGACUUUCGGGGUUAUGGAACUAAAUGUCCCUAGAAUUUGUUGCUUCCCAUGGUCAUGAUUGAACCUAUUCCGUUUUUAGUGACCUGAUGAUAUACUCCUCUGUGUUCCUCAAGGCGUACCUGAUUUACUCCAGCAGCGUAGCGGCUGGGGCUCAGAGCGGCAUCGAGGAGUGCAAGUACCAGUUUGCCUGGGACCGAUGGAACUGCCCUGAGAGAGCCCUGCAGCUGUCCACACACAGAAGCCUCCGCAGCGGUAAGAGCCAAUCAACCAGGCUCCAUUGGAAUUUUUGAAUUCCAAUUAGGAAGUUUGUAAAAUCUUUGAAUUCUAAUUCAGAUUUUUUUUUCUUCUGUUGUGCUGCCCAAAUUACACCCUAUUUUGCUGGGUUUGGAACACAUGGUUUGGGUCACAGGCUAGAGGACACUCUAUUCCCCAUAUAGUGCACUACUUUUGACUAGAGCUAAAUAUGACACCUAAUUCUCCAUAUAGUGUACUAUUUUUGACCAGACGAAAUGUAAGGCACUAUAUGGUCAAAAGUAGUGAGGAACUGUAUAUGCUGACUAGGGAAUCAUUUGAUCUGCCCUUUAAUAACAGACCAGCUUUAAGUCACAGAUAGGCCCAUCCAGAUCACAGAGGAAGGACUCUUUCUAGAACGUGAGAUGGCAUUUGUUUGAUUAGUCAGGAGAUUCAUCAGUCAAAAGGAUCGUUACAGCAACCCAAUGGCCGCAAUGGUCGCCUCGCCCAAAACAACAGCAACCCCACGGCCGCCACGGUCAUCUCACCCAAAUCAACAGCAAGCUCCACGGUCACCCUGGCUAAAACAACAGCAACCCCAUGGCCGCCCUGGCCAAAACAACGCUACAAAUCCAAUUCACAACAUCCUACUGAGCCACCCGUUGACGGGACCCUGCUCAGGGGCCUUGCGAAAAUAUGGCACGCAAAUGGCAGUUAGAGCCAAUGUCUUAAUUACCAGGAGAGAUAGGAGAUAAAGGAUACUGUGGAGUGAGAGGCGUUGAAAUAGAAGCCCCACUCUAAAGAUAAUGGUUAGCGGAGAGGAAUGACCUCUUCAGAAGAAGGCAUUCCUGAGUGCAUUUUAAAAUGUCUCUCUCACACACAGCGAACAGAGAGUCCUUGCCAUCAGUUCAGUAAUCAUUGCUACUAUAAUAUAAUAUAAUAUAAUAUAUAAUAUAUGUUUGUUUUCCACAGCGAACAGGGAGACAGCGUUUGUCCAUGCCAUCAGCUCAGCAGGGGUCAUGUACACUCUGACGAGGAACUGCAGUCUGGGGGACUUUGACAACUGUGGCUGUGAUGACACCAGGAAUGGACAGCGGGGUAAGAGAAGAUUUAAAAAUCCAAACACAGAUCAUUACAAGACACAUAUAGAUGAAACAGCUAUGUACACACUGUGUUGCAUUCAUGUAAAGUGAUUUGGUUGUAGGCAAAACAACAAAACAAUAAAACAACAAGUAUUUUUUCAAGUACCUCGGAAAUAAUACCCUUCCACUUUUUUUCCGUCACAAAUGGUGAGCCAUCCUCUCAUACAGACAAACUGGUGUCUCCUGCUUGUGUCCCCAGGGGGUACAGGCUGGCAGUGGGGGGGCUGCAGUGACAACGUGGGGUUCGGUGAGACCAUCUCCAAGCAGUUUGUUGACGCGCUGGAGACGGGUCAGGACGCACGGGCCGCCAUGAACCUCCACAACAACGAGGCUGGACGCAAGGUACAGUAUUUACUUUUACUUUACACCUUGGUGAUGGAAGGGGUAAGCUAUCCCUCAGCACCAUACAAUCAAAAAAACUUUGAUGAUAUAGUGAAAUAUUAUCAUUAUUCCAGAUAGAUUUAGAGCUUGGAAUUCUGAUUGUUCUGAAAACCCAGAUCAUGUUGAGAUUGAAUCAGUGCGAUUGCCAUAGGGGGGAGCUCUUGUAGUUCAAGGUGGAGGGUCAGAUAUUUACGUUUCCCACUUGAACCCCAACCGAUCGACUGCUCAAUGUAAAGUACCUUUCGAAUCAUUUUUUUAUUUCUCAACCUGCUCAGUGAGAAUUACAGCAUUCAGCAAGCGUACCACCCAAGCAUCCCCUUUCACAUCCCCAUAAGUGAGGUGCCACUUGUCCUCCAAUAACCACAGUGUGUUCGCUGUACCAGAAGGGCCUAUUUACCAGUUACUGAAUGUCCUUUAUUAUGACAAGACUUAAGUUGCAGAAUCUCAGGAUCACUGGUGCUAGUUCUUAAUUAGAGUAUUAGAGGGUUAAUUUGAGCCAAUGGUCUUCACAUUACACAACGGAUUCUUUGAAACAACUUCAUGCUCAGCCACACAUACUUACACAACUGAUUUCCUGAGACCAAAUCAAACAAUGAACGUCUCAUCCGUAUGGCGCUACGUUCUCGUCUUAAAAAGAAGUCUGAGUAAUUAUACAUUUUUCGACACUCCUGUUUCACCUGGUAUUUGCCUGGUAUUUACAUAAUAAUUAUAUGGCAACAAUAGGUUCUGUCUGGAGUUUACACAGUAUUUACUUAAUUUACGUAAUUUUCAGGUUAUUAUUAUGUAAUUACCGUGUUUCCAGGUGAAUCAUAGACUGUAGAAUAAAACUUAACCAAAGUCUCUCUCCCUCCCUCCCUCCCUCCCUCCCUCCCUCCCUCCCUCCCUCCCUCCCUCCCUCCCUCCCUCCCUCCCUCCCUCCCUCCCUCCCUCCCUCCCUCCCUCCCUCCCUCCCUCUCUCUCUCUCUCUCCCUCCCUCCCUCCCUCCCUCCCUCCCUCCCUCCCUCCCUCCCUCCCUCCCUCCCUCCCUCCCUCCCUCUCUCUCUCUCUCUCUCCCUCCCUCCCUCCCUCCCUCCCUCCCUCCCUCCCUCCCUCCCUCCCUCCCUCCCUCUCUCUCUCUCUCCCUCCCUCCCUCCCUCCCUCCCUCCCUCCCUCCCUCCCUCCCUCCCUCCCUCCCUCCCUCCCUCCACUCCCUCCCUCUCCUCUCCCUCCCAGGCAGUGAAAGGGACCAUGCAGAAGACGUGUAAGUGCCAUGGUGUCUCUGGGUCCUGCACCACACAGACCUGCUGGUUACAGCUACCAGAUUUCAGUGAGGUGGGAAACUAUCUGAAGGAGAAGUACCACCGAGCCCUGAAGGUACAGUAUAUAUUGUUUAUUGUUUAUAUUAAACAAUAUUGUUUAUAGGCACUCUAAAGACACUUCACAUAAAAUUCAUUCAAUCAUUCAUUCAUUUAUUUAUUUAUUCAUUCAUUCAUUCAUCCAAGGUGGACCUGCUCCGGGGGGCUGGGAACAGUGCAGCCAGUCGAGGUGCCAUUGCUGAGACCUUCAGAUCCAUCUCUCGUAAAGAACUGGUCCACUUAGAGGACUCCCCAGACUUUUGCCUGGAGAACCGUACCCUGGGCCUGCCAGGCACAGAGGUCAGAGAGUGCCUGAAGAAGGGCAAGAGCCUAAACAAGUGGGAGAAGCGGAGCUGCAAGAGGCUGUGCGGGGAGUGCGGUUUAGCCGUGCAGGAGAGGAAGGCGGAGUUGGUGUCAAGUUGCAAUUGUAAGUUCCACUGGUGCUGCGCGGUGAAGUGCGAGCAGUGCCGCAAGACGGUGACCAAGUACUUCUGCGUGAAGAAGGGAGGGCAGAGGGGGAAGAACGAGAGCGCCGGGAGCCGUAGGAAGAACCUGAGGCUGAGGAAGAAGCAC